CGCCGCGACGCCCGCGACGGCCGCGAUGGCGACGGCGGAGGACAUCGGCGCGCACGUGUUCGAUGAAGGACACUGGUACCACGAAACCCUGGAGGAAGGCCUCGCGAUCUCGUACCGGGUGGACGAGGUCUUGCACCGCGGACAGAGCGCGUUCCAGACCGUGGAGGUCGUGAAGACGAAGCCGUUCGGUCGCCUUCUCAUCACGGACGGGCUCAUGCAGUCGAGCGAGGAUGACGAGUACGUGUAUCAUCAGUGCCUCGUCCACCCCGCGCUCGCCGCGCACCCCGCGCCGAAGAAGGUUUUCAUCGCCGGCGGUGGCGAGGGCGCGACGCUUCGCGAGGUCUUGAAGCACAAGUGCGUGGAGGAGUGCGAGAUGGUCGACAUCGACGGCGAGGUCGUGGAGAUGUGCCGCGAGCACACGCCGUUCUACCACGCCGGCGCGUACGACGACAAACGCGCUAAGCUCGAGAUCGGCGACGCGAAAGCCGCCUUGGAGCGUCGCGCCGACGGCUCCAUCGACGUCAUCAUCUGCGACUUAUCCGACCCGCUCGACGGCGGCCCGUGCUAUCAGCUCUACACGACGACGUUCUACGAGAUGUGCAAGACCAAGCUCGCGCCCGGGGGCAUUCUCGUGACGCAGAGCGGCUGCGCCGCCGUGAGAGACUGCCAUCACGUCUUCACGCCGAUUCAUAAGACGCUCAAGACGGUGUUCCCGCAGUGUUGGGGGUACACCGUGUGCGUGCCGUCGUUCUGCAGCGAGUGGGGGUUCAACGUCGUGAGGAAGGAAGCGGACGCGUUGUCCGUGGAGGAUGGCUUGAGCGGCGGGAAGCUCGACGCGCGUCUGCGGGAGCGCGGGCUCGGAGAUUUGUCGUAUUACGACGAGAUCACGCACCGGCGGAUGUUUUCGCUGAAUCGCACCGUGCGCGAGGCGUGCAGGGACGAGACGCGGGUGAUGACGGUGGAGAACCCGCUGUUCAUGUGCAGCACGACGACGCACCAGGGCGUGUUCGAGGACAAGUGAGGGACGAUCGAGCCAGCGAGUUGUUCAUAGCUUGACCGAAAGGCCUUAUUUUAUUUCCAACCGGUUGCCUGUUGC